UCAGGAUUUUCCACAAAAAUAAUAUAUUUAUUAAGGAAGGAUUUCAUUUUACAGUUGUAAAAUACAGUGCAACUACUAACAUAUUAUUCGAUGUUAAUUGUUGAAUAAUGAUAAUGCUAAAUUGACUUCAAAAUUUACUAAACAAUAAUAGUUUGUGAUUGACAAUUUGUGCUCAACCGUGGCUAUUUGUAUGAGGGACGGUGAAUUUUGACAACUUAAAAUGGCGGCCUCUUUUGAACUUAAAUAUCUUUUUGAUUUUUCGCGCUUUUUGGCGGUCAAUGUGGAGAUUGCACAGUAGUAAAUUUAUAAGAAAACUUGAUUUGUUAGUUUUCCAAGAUGGAUCACAAUUUGGGUGACGAUUUGAAUUUGGAUGGGUCUAUGGGAGUGGACUUUGGGCAUUCUGAAGAUACAGUCGUAAGUCAGGCAGAUAUAACUCUAGAAGACAGUGGCCAUGAGGCAGGAAUUGCAAUGGAUUUUGAAAACAUUGAAGAACAACCCAUGCUAAUGGAUACAGGAAGUGAAGAAAUCAUAGAUUUCAUGGGAGAACAGUUUACUCUACAGGAGUACGCAGAGCAAGAAGAUCACAGUAAUAUUAUGACAACUAGUGUUAGCUCAAAUGAGCAUACUAUAAUAACUUCUCAAGCAGAUAACAUUAUUCAGAUUGAACCUUUACCACAAAAGAUAACAAAACAAGAACAAGCACUAUCAAAAGUGGCCACACAUAAGAGCGAAAUAUCACCGCCACGAACAAAAAAGAAUGAAAAGGAAGUGCACACAUCAGCACCUCGUCAAGUAGCCAUAGCACCCAAGCCUGGCCCGCUUGCCAAACCAUUCACUCCGGCCAAACAGUAUGCAAUAGCUCCUAAGCCAUUAACAGUGCUCACCAGCAAAAGUAGUACCUUAAAUAAUAGUUUUCUGAAGAAAGUUACAUUGGCUGGUGUUAUGCAAGGAAGUAAUAAAGGGAACACUGUAUUAACUCAAAUAGGCAAACAGCUUGUCAUGAUGCCAGCAACGGGUGCACAGAAGUUGAAACUGGUGACGGGAGGCACUUCUGUGCCCACGGUACAAUAUCUACGUACAACUAGUGGAGAUCAAGCGCAACUGAUUCAAGCAAAGACUGUUUCAACCCAGAAUAAACCUGUGAUCACUAAACUAAUAUUACCUGGACAACCAAACCUAGAAGUGAGUAGUAACUCACAGAGCCUGCUGACCAAAGUAGCGCCCGUCGCCUCCACUAAAGCUCCGACACAGAUUGUUGCAGUGCAACAGAAAAAUAUGCCUUUUACCCUAGGAAAUAAGGUACUAUUAGCUACACCAACGAAAUCGGGAGUGAAAUUUACCAAGAAACAGCAACUGAUAGCCUUCAAGUCACCGGAAAAGGCUGCUCAAGUAGCACAAGGUUCAACAACAAAGAAAGUACUUAUAACAUCGAAUCCGACACAAAAUGUCAUACUGAAAACCACAGCACCUCCUAAAGCACAAGUCAUGAAAGAUGGCAAUGUUGUCUUGGACAAUCAACGAACUCAAUUGCAUCAAAUCAAUGUUCCUGGUAAAGGUAUACAGUACAUCAGACUCAUUACAAAUUCUAAUCCUGCACCCGUCAAGACCAAGCUGCAGACGCAAACAAUCAAUGUACCGGCAAAAGCAUUCCUCUUGACUGAUUCAAAGGGUAAUUUAAUCCAAAUGUCAUCAGACAAAAUGAUGAACAAUUGUCAGGCACAGCCUCUGCUCGUCGCCAGCGCAGCCUCCUCGGUCACCAAAGUGAACACAAAACCCCAGCGCAAGUUGGUAAGGAUAGGUCCUUUAAUUAAUAAAAAAGUUACAACUUUGGCCGAAAAACCUGUGCAAUCUAGUGCGAUGAGCAGAUCGUCACAAAGUCUUCUAGCACCAAUAUCUCCGAUACCAGAAGUUGCACAAAAUACCGAGGAUACUGAAGUGCAAGAGGAGAUGGACUCCAAAGCCGCUCUGCAUGCCAUAGUGAUGAGGAACGAGGAGUUGGAACAGGAGAUGCAAGUCAACAUCAAGUCAGAAAUGCAAGUCAAUCAAUCCAACAUGGAAAGUAAUAUAGAAGAUAUGGAAAGUAAUGUACAUGAUGAAUUGCAUUCCGAAAUGAACAUGGAUGCGGAUGAUUCUAAUAUUGCAGAAGUUGAAGUUGAUUAUAAACGGGAUUUCGUUAAUUAUUCUGAUUGUGAUGAAGUGAAUGAUAAGAGCGAUUGUCAUGAGCUGAGCGGUCAGGAGGAGCAUCCACUCAUUGUCAUUCCCUCAAACUUCAUCAAGGAAUCUGACAACAGGAGUACGAGUGAUGUGCAAUCUGGACAUGAGGACUCUCAGCAGAUGAGCAGCAUGAUGAGCAUGGACGCGGAGUCUAUGAACGCGUACCAGUCGCCGAGGACGCCGCAAACUGCCUCAGAAAACGAGUUCAUGUCGACUGAGCUCGGGCUGCGCCUGCGCAAGGCUUGCAAUUGCACCAAGUCGCAGUGCCUCAAGUUGUAUUGCGAGUGCUUUGCCAACGGCGAGUUCUGUAAUCGCUGCAACUGUAACAACUGCCACAAUAACCUUGAGAAUGAGGAGAGGCGGCAGAAGGCUAUUAGAGGUUGUCUUGAUAGGAAUCCUAAUGCUUUCAGACCAAAAAUUGGUAAAGCAAAAGUUGGUGGUCCGGAAAUGAUUCGGAGGCACAAUAAAGGCUGUAAUUGUAAACGAAGUGGAUGUCUCAAAAACUAUUGUGAAUGUUAUGAGGCGAAAAUAGCGUGCACGUCGAUAUGCAAAUGCGUUGGGUGUCGCAACGUGGAGGAGACACUGGAGCGCACGCGGCGGCGCACCCCCGCCAUACCCAGUGCAGUGCAGGCGCUCUUCCGCCCGCCGCCGCUACUGCCGCUCAAGCAGCCGUGCAGCUUCAUAACUACUGAGGUGGUGGAGGCGGUGUGCCAGUGCCUGCUGGCGGCGGGUGGGGAGAGCGGCGCGGGGGGCGGUGCGGCGGGCGCGGGGGGUGGUGCGGGGGGCGCGGACGCGGUGCGUGACGUCAUCGACGAGUUCGCGCGCUGCCUUCAGGACAUCAUCAGCGCCGCGCACCACACCUCGCCUCUCAUCAUGCUAGACGAGGAUCCUGCAUGAUAAUCGUGACUUGUAAAAGGAUUUAAAUGAAAUUUUUAAAUGUACAGA